AUGUCUCAGUUCUGGACGGUGUUUGUUUUCCAUUCGCUUUGCAGCCUCGCAUCGAGUCAAGGCGUUCCUUUGACUAAUGCUGCAGCAAGUGUUGAAUCCAGCGGCUCAUCAGCUCUACUUCGUUCUCUUGGCUUACCUCAGCACACAGAAUAUGAGAUUGUAUCCCCAUAUGAGGUCAGCCAGCGAGGUGUGUACAUCUCGCACGAGAUCGCCCACCAUCAGCGCAGACGACGACGAAGAUCGCCGUCUCCCGACGUGUCCGCUUCAAACGCUAACGGCAGCGGUGAAACGACUCACUUCCGGGUGAGCGGCUUGGGGCAGGACUUCCACAUGGAGCUGCGCGAGGCCUCCCAGACCCUGAUCGCACCUGGCUUCGCCAUCCAGGUCCUGGGAAACAACGGCACCAAGAGCCUCAGGGCUUACCGGCGGGACCACCUCUGCUUUUACCAAGGGUCACUGAGGCUAAAGGUCAACUCGUCAGUGGCGCUGUCCACAUGCGUGGGGAUGUCGGGUUUGAUCCGCACCGCCGACGCAGACUACUUCUUGAGGCCGGUGCCCCGCCACUUUGCGCAGAGAGAGAACUUCACAGCACCUUCCCAUCACCAGCCACACAUCCUCUACAAGAGCGACAGGGAGAGAGGUCAACACCAUCGGGUGCUUCACAAGAGGUCACCCGAUUCAGUCCCUCACAAAUCACACUGGAGCUAUGGCGCUGAAAGGCAAACCAGAAUACAGACUGAUGAAGAGGAGCAGGGACGGCAGCAAAGCGGUCAUCCUAGCGACCGGCAGGAGCAUCACAGAAGAGGAAAUGAGCACGACGGCCAUGACUACGCACACAAGGAGAAGCAGAGGCAGCACUUCUGCGGAAGACGGAAGAAAUACAUGCCGAAACCUCCAACGCAGCAUCUCUCCCUGCUUCCCGAUGAGUACACGUUCGUUCCCAGGAACAAGAGGGCAGUUAUGGGAAAGAAGCCAAAUAAUCCAAAACUCAAUGUUGAGACGCUGGUGGUGGUCGACAGGAAGAUGAUGGACAACCACGGCCGCGAGAACAUCACGACUUACGUUCUCACAGUACUCAAUAUGGUGUCGAGUCUCUUCAAAGACGGUACCAUAGGAGGGAGCAUCAAUAUCGUCAUAGUGGGACUUGUGCUUCUUGAUGAAGACCAGGAUGGUUUGGUGAUCAGUCACCAUGCAGACCACACACUGAACAGUUUCUGCCAGUGGCAGUCCACUCUCGGAGGUCGAGAGGGUCAGCGCCAUGAUCACGCCAUUUUACUCACAGGAUUUGACAUCUGCUCGUGGAAGAAUGAGCCAUGUGACACUCUGGGUUUUGCCCCCAUAAGUGGGAUGUGCAGCAAGUACCGGAGCUGCACCAUCAAUGAGGACACGGGUCUCGGAUUGGCAUUCACCAUUGCCCAUGAAUCUGGACAUAAUUUUGGAAUGGUCCAUGAUGGCGAAGGGAACAUUUGUAAGAAGUCAGAAGGCAACAUCAUGUCUCCCACAUUAGCGGGUCACAACGGUAUCUUCUCAUGGUCUGCAUGCAGCCGCCAGUACCUCAGCCGCUUUCUCAGCUCGGCCCAGGCUUUGUGCCUCUCAGAUGAACCCAGUGGCGUGAAGGAGUAUCGCUAUCCCGAGAAGCUGCCGGGCGAGCUGUAUGACGCGGACACACAGUGCAAAUGGCAGUUUGGUGAGAAGGCCAAGCUCUGCACUCUUGAUUUUAAGAAGGAUAUCUGCAAAGCUCUCUGGUGCCACCGCAUUGGGAGGAAGUGUGAGACCAAAUUCAUGCCAGCGGCAGAAGGCUCUGCCUGCGGGCCUGAUAUGUGGUGUCGAAGGGGUCAGUGUGUGAAACACGGCGACGAGGGCCCGAGGCCGCAGCACGGCCAGUGGUCGGCGUGGUCGGCUUGGUCUGUCUGCUCGCGAACCUGCCAGAGUGGAGUCGCCUCUCGGGAUAGGCAGUGCAAUAACCCCAGACCGGUUUACGGAGGAAAGUUUUGCGAAGGCUCGCCCCGGUCGUACAAGCUGUGCAACACUCGAGAUUGCCCCCACAACGCCGUCGAUUACCGAGCGCAGCAAUGUGCCGAGUUCAACAGCAAGCAGUUCCGAGGGUGGCGCUACACCUGGAGGCCCUACACAAGAGUGGACGAUCAGGACGUAUGCAAGCUCUACUGCUUCGCCGAAGGUUAUGACUUCUUCUUUGCACUGGCCAGCAAAGUCAAGGAUGGAACACUUUGCUCACAGGACAGCUCUAAUGUCUGUAUUGACGGCCUGUGCGAGAGCGUGGGCUGUGACCGUGCGUUGGGGUCUUCGGCUGUGCCUGAUGUUUGUGGAGUGUGUAAAGGAGACAACUCCGCCUGUAAGACCUUCAAAGGACAGUACACAAAGCAGCAUCAUACGAACCAGUACUACAGCGUGAUCACCAUUCCAGCCGGGGCUCGGACCAUUCGCGUUGUGGAACUGAAUGCAUCGAGCUCCUACUUGGCCGUCAGGGACACCCAGAGGCGUUACUACCUGAAUGGACGUCGGACGGUGGACUGGCCAGGCAGACAUCCCAUCGCGGGAGCCGUUUUUGAAUAUAAAAGGCCUUUCAACAGACCAGAGAGCCUCAUAUCAGCUGGACCCACUAAUGAGACGCUGGUUAUUGAGAUAUUGUUGCAAGGUUUGAACCCGGGUGUACAUUGGGAAUACACUCUGAUGAAAACUGAUGAAGCAAGCGCUCAACUCAAACACAAUUACACGUGGGCCAUCAUACGCUCCAAGUGCUCAGCGUCAUGUGCCGGAGGCCGAAUGAACACCCAGCCAGCAUGUUACAAAGACUUGCGAGUGCAAGUGAACACAUCGUACUGUAAUCCCAGAUCGAGGCCGGCGACUGGAACGAUGCCGUGUAACACCCAACCGUGCCCUGCCAGCUGGUCUGUGGGGGCUUGGGGGGCAUGCAGUCAGAGCUGCGGAGGAGGGGAGCAGACGCGGCAGGUCCGGUGCGUCCGGAGAAGUCCGAGCAAAGACGACACCCUCGCGGAUUCUCACUGUUCACCGCUGAGCCCGGCCAGGAGCAGGGCCUGCGGCGCCCACGCUUGUCCACCGGUUUGGACCACCGGCCCGUGGUCACAGUGCUCUCGUAAGUGCGGUAACGGCUCGAGGAAGAGGACGGUUUUGUGUGCGAGACCCGACACGGGUACUCAGUCGCAGACUCUGCAAGACAGUUUGUGCGCAGGCUUGGUGAAACCUGCUAGUCAAGAAUCCUGCUUCAUCAAACGCUGUCAGAAGCAACGCAAAGUCCAGUGGUUUGUCUCAACGUGGCAAGAGUGCUCGGUAACCUGUGGCCGCGGGUAUCAAGCACGUUUCAUCAAGUGUGCUGAAAAGGACGCAGCCGGCAAAUACCGAGAGCUUGCAGGCAAAAAGUGCCACCACAUCCCCAGGCCCAAAGUGGAGCUCCAGCGGCCGUGCACCUCGGCGGAGUGUCUCGUCCGUCCGACCCCGUCGGUGCAGCGGUGGAACGCGCAUCAUCAUCAUCCGCUCCCGAGACCUGAAUGGCGCGCAUCUCCGUGGUCCCAGUGUUCAGUGACGUGCGGAGGUGGGGUGCAGGCGAGGACAGUCCAAUGCCUGGCACAGAGGAAACCUUUUUCUGGCUGCACCCUCCAUCUAAAACCAUCAAUGUCCCAGGCUUGCAAUACCAACUACUGCCCUCAACCUGACAAAAAGGAUCUGGCAUGUCGGGAUUCCUUCAACUGGUGUUAUCUGGUGCCACAGCAUGGCGUGUGCAACCACAAGUUUUAUGGCAAGCAGUGCUGUCAGUCCUGUUCUAAUUCAAACCUAUAA